UCUACCUUGUAAAUACUGUUAUUUGUAUAUACUGUAAAUGAUGACAUCGGUGGGCACUAACCGAGCCCGGGGGAACUGGGAGCAGACACAGACACAGAGCCAGACACAGCACAAGCAGCGGCCGCAGGCCACUGCGGAACAGAUUCGACUUGCACAGAUGAUUUCGGACCACAACGACGCUGACUUUGAGGAGAAGGUGAAACAACUGAUCGACAUCACAGGCAAGAACCAGGACGAGUGUGUGAUUGCUCUGCAUGACUGCAACGGAGAUGUUAACAGAGCCAUCAACGUGCUGCUGGAGGGCAAUCCGGACACGCAUUCCUGGGAAAUGGUCGGGAAGAAGAAGGGUGUCUCAGGACAGAAGGAGAGUGGACAGACAGAACCCAGCGAAGAAAGCAAAGAAAACCGGGAGAGGGAUCGGGAUUUCAGCAGACGACGUGGCGGGCCACCGAGGCGGGGGCGAGGUGCCAGCCGUGGAAGAGAGUGUAUGGACCUGCCCUUUAAUAACACCCUUAACUUUCGGGGCCAGGAGAAUGGGCUAGACGGUGGUAAGAGUGGAGGAUCUUCUGGAAGAGGCACGGAAAGAGGGAGGCGGGGACGUGGCCGAGGCCGAGGUGGCUCUGGAAGGCGAGGGGGAAGAUUUUCUGCCCAAGGCAUGGGAACUUUCAACCCAGCUGACUAUGCCGAGCCAGCCGGCACGGAUGAGAACUACGGGAAUAGCAACAACAACACGUGGAACAACACUGGCAGCUUUGAGCCGGAUGAUGGCACAAGUGCGUGGAGGGCAGCGACAGAAGAAUGGGGCACGGAGGACUGGAACGAAGAUCUGUCUGAGACAAAGAUCUUCACCGCCUCCAACGUGUCUUCAGUGCCUCUGCCUGCCGAGAAUGUGACAAUCACAGCUGGACAGAGAAUCGAUCUUGCAGUCCUGCUAGGAAAGACUCCCUCUUCUAUGGAGAAUGAGUCAACAAAUCUGGAGUCAUCCCAGGCUCCUUCCCUGGCCCAGCCGCUGGUGUUCAGCAAUUCCAAGCAGAGUGCUAUAUCCCAGCCUGCCUCUGGUAACUCCUUCUCUCACCACAGCAUGGUGAGCAUGCUGGGGAAAGGGUUUGGAGAUGUUGGGGAGGCCAAAGGCAGCAGUACCACAGGUUCUCAGUUCCUGGAGCAGUUCAAGACGGCCCAAGCCCUGGCUCAGCUGGCUGCUCAGCACACCCAGCCUGGCGGGAGCACCACUGCUGCUUCCUGGGACAUGGGAUCCACUACGCAGACCUCGUCUCUCGUGCAGUAUGAUCUCAAGAACCCAACGGACUCUUCCGUGCAUAGUCCCUUCACCAAGCGUCAGGCCUUCACGUCAACUUCAACCAUGAUAGAAGUGUUCAUGCAGGAGAAACAGCCUGUGGUGACUGCCUCCACGACUGUGCCGGCACCCCCUUCCUCGCCGCUGCCCAGCAAAACCAAUCCUGUUCCCCAGAUGUCCCCAGGCUCAUCGGACAACCAGUCCUCCAGUCCCCAGCCAGCACAGCAGAAGCUGAAGCAGCAAAAGAAGAAAGCAUCGUUAACAUCAAAGAUUCCUGCACUUGCGGUGGAAAUGCCUGGCUCAGCGGAUAUCUCAGGGCUAAACCUGCAGUUUGGGGCGUUACAGUUUGGUUCGGAGCCUGUUCUCGCGGAGUACGAAUCGACGCCCACAACAAGCGCCGCCGUUAGCCAAUCUCAAAGCAGCCUGUACACCAGCACGGCUAGUGAAUCUUCAUCCACAAUUUCGUCCAAUCAAAGCCAGGAGUCUGGUUACCAGAGCGGCACAAUACAGACAGCAACAUUUACCUCCCAGAACAGCGCUCAGGGACCACUGUACGAACAGAGAUCCACCCAGACAAGGCGAUACCCAAAUUCAAUCUCCUCCUCGCCCCAGAAAGAUCUGACCCAGGCCAAGAAUGGUUUCAGUUCUGUACAACCCACGCCAUUACAAACCACACAGGCCGUUGAAGGUGCUACAGGCCCCGCAGUGAAAUCUGAUUCCCCCUCUGCUCCCAGUAUCACGCCUCUCAACGAUGGGGUAUCUGCAUCAUCCUUGCUGACAACAGCCAGCCAACACUCAACAGCUUUGAGCAGCCUGAGCCACAGUGAGGAACUCCCCAGUACAACCACCGCCCAACUCAGCAGUACAUUACCCACGCAGCAGAACAGUCUGUCCUCAUCCACAUCCUCUGGGCGAACGUCAACUUCAACUCUUCUGCACACAAGUGUGGAGAGUGAAGCAAGCCUCCAUUCUUCUGCUAGCACUUUCUCCACCUCCUCCAGCACAGUAUCAGCCGCCCCGCCAGUCGUAAGCGUUUCAUCCAGUCUCAGCAGUGUCAGCAGCCUGGGCCUCAGUCUCAGUAGUAACUCCACGGUGACUGCCUCGACUCGCAGCUCCGUUGCAACAACAUCAGGAAAAGCCCCUCCCAAUCUCCCUCCUGGAGUCCCACCGUUGUUGCCUAAUCCGUACAUCAUGGCUCCAGGGUUGCUACACGCCUAUCCGCCACAGGUGUAUGGAUAUGAUGACUUGCAAAUGCUCCAGACGAGAUUCCCACUGGAUUACUACAGCAUCCCAUUCCCUACACCCACCACCCCGCUGACUGGAAGAGAUGGCAGCCUGAGCAGCAAUCCGUACUCUGGUGACUUAACAAAAUUUGGCCGAGGUGAUGCCUCUUCCCCCGCUCCUGCAACGACUUUGGCCCAGCCUCAGCAGAGCCAGACCCAGACUCACCACACCACGCAGCAGACGUUCCUGAACCCAGCGCUGCCUCCUGGCUACAGUUACACCAGUCUGCCGUACUACACAGGGGUACCAGGGCUCCCCAGCACCUUCCAAUACGGGCCCGCCGUGUUCCCUGUUGCUCCUACCUCUUCCAAGCAGCAUGGUGUGAAUGUCAGCGUCAACGCAUCAGCAACCCCUUUUCAACAGCCCAGCGGCUACGGCUCUCAUGGAUACAGCACUGGUGUAUCUGUGACAUCCAGUAAUACAGGAGUGCCGGACAUCUCGGGCUCUGUCUAUUCCAAAACUCAGCAAUCCUUCGAGAAGCAGGGCUUUCACACUGGAACCCCGGCAGCCUCCUUCAACCUGCCUUCGGCGCUGGGCAGCGGCGGCCCCAUCAACCCUGCGACGGCGGCGGCGUACCCCCCCACCCCUUUCAUGCACAUCCUGACCCCGCAUCAGCAGCCCCACUCGCAGAUCCUCCACCACCACCUGCAGCAGGACGGGCAGCUUCCAUAUUUGCAGAUGAUACUGUGCUGCCAACGCCAGCAGGAAGACCAGAGCGGCUCCGGGCAGCGCAGCCAAGGCAGUUCCAUCCCCCAGAAGUCCCAGGCCAACAAGUCUGCCUACAACAGCUACAGCUGGGGCGCCAACUGAGGCCGGGGCGGCCCUCGCCCACCACUUGCUUCCAGAAGAGUAUCCCACCGAACCCGACGCCGAAGGAUCCCGGGGAGGAGAGCACCCUGCGGCGGGGCAGCGCCCGGGCCCCG